GCAACUUCCGUUCUUUGUUCUGUUCUCGGUUGUGUGGGUCUGUGACAGGUUCCAACAGGGCCUGGUCCGUGUCCGGCCCCUAAGUCUUACGUCCCUGUCCCCAGGGUGAGUGGGUCGUCUUCGGGACUCGCGGUGAGGCGGAAGUGUGGUCGCCGGGAAGGGGGUUGGUGUUCACGCCUCUGCGACCCGCGGGGUCCCCGGCCCGGCUCCGCGGGGUUCCCGGGCACUCCUUUCCCCCGCGGCCGCUGCCCAGCUCCGCAAGCCCGGCUCCUCGAGCUCAGCGGGUUCCUUCGUGUCGCGGAUUGGGACUCCGGGUCUGCUCGUGUCCUCCACCGCCAGCCCCAGUGUUUGAAAUUCCCAGCGUCGCUGCAAGAGGUCCCUCUCUUUAAAGCAGCUGAUGACAGCCAGCCUUCCGAACUUGUUCUCCUUCAGAACCUGCUUCCUGCUGCGUCUACACCUGGGAGAGCAGAGACCAGAACAUUUCAUUCUACCUAUGGAAACUCAGGCUGACCUUGCAUCUCAGGAACCUCCACCCCUGCUGGAGAGUGCUCUUUCUUCUUCAGAAGUCCCUUCCUUUCCUGACAAGGACAGUCUGGGGCAUGAGAUGUUGGCUGCUGCACUUCUGAAGGCCAAGUCCCAGGAGUUGGUGACAUUUGAGGAUGUAGCUGUCUACUUCAUCUGGAAAGAGUGGAAACGUUUGGAACCUGCACAGAGGGACCUCUACAGGGAUGUGAUGCUGGAGAAUUAUGGGAAUGUGUUCUCACUGGAUUGUGAAUCUAAAACUGGAAAUGACCAAGUAAUCUCUGAAGGCAUGGGGUCACAUGAGAUGAUGUUGGGACAGUUCCAAACGGAUAUUUCUCAGGGUCUUAAGUUUGGAGAAGCCUAUGAACAAGAAGUCAGUCUGAAGAGACAGCUAGGGAACACUUCUGUUGGAAGACUGAAUAAGAGAAUACAGGAGGUCCACCAAGCGACAGUUGAGGAAAAGCUUACCCAUAUGGGACAAAGAAAUGACAAGUAUAAUGAGUUCGGGAACAGCUUCACUGUGAAUUCCACCCUCAUUUCACACCAGAGGUUUCCCAUGGGACACAGACCCCAUAAGUGUGAUGAAUGUAACAAGAGUUUUAAUCGAACUUCAGACCUUAUUCAACAUCAGAGAAUUCACACUGGGGAAAAGCCCUAUGAAUGUAGUGAAUGUGGAAAGGCCUUCAGCCAGAGCGCACAUCUUAUUCAGCACCAGAGAAUCCACACUGGAGAGAAACCUUAUGAAUGUAAAGAUUGUGGGAAGACCUUCAGUUGUAGCUCUGCUCUCAUUCUGCAUCAGAGGAUCCACACUGGGGAGAAACCUUAUGAAUGUCAUGAAUGUGGAAAAACAUUCAGUUGGAGCUCCACUCUUACUCACCACCAGAGAAUCCAUACUGGGGAGAAGCCCUAUGCUUGCAACGAAUGUGGGAAGGCUUUCAGCCGGAGUUCCACCCUUAUCCAUCAUCAGAGAAUCCAUACUGGAGAAAAACCCUAUGAAUGUAAUGAGUGUGGGAAGGCCUUCAGCCAGAGCUCACACCUCUAUCAGCACCAGAGAAUCCACACUGGAGAGAAGCCCUAUGAAUGUAUGGAAUGUGGGGGGAAGUUUACCUACAGUUCAGGCCUUAUUCAGCAUCAAAGAAUCCACACGGGGGAGAAUCCCUAUGAAUGUAGCGAGUGUGGGAAAGCCUUCAGGUAUAGCUCAGCUCUUGUUCGCCAUCAGAGGAUUCACACUGGAGAGAAGCCUUUGAGUGUCAUGGGUGUGAGCAGAAAUUCCCUCAGGGUUUCUGCUGAAUUAAACGUCAGAGACUCCACAUGAGAGAGCCAUAUCCCAUUUCCCUCACUUCCUGAGUCUAAGGAGCUCUUGCCUUAAUUUAUAAAUAGCACCAAUUUAGGAUGUUUCCCUCCUCAAACCUUUCACUCGGCGUGGGGCAGAUGGGGAAAGAAUCCUGGCACAGUGAUGAGCAGGAUUUCCCAGGAGUGGAUACCAGUCUUGAAAAAUCGUGAGGCAAGUAGAUUAAGCACUGGGAAAGGGAGGAAGCUUGGGGACCAGCCAUCCCCUUUUAAGGAAGGGCUUGCACUGAACCAGUUUUCUCACACCAGAAGAGCCUUUCUUUCUGAGUUGGGGUGGACAUUUAUUAGUAACAGAAUUCCAAGGAUUCCACUAGUUGGGGUCAAUGUGGUGAGCACAGAAGACAGAGGGAAGGAUAUUCUGGGUCAUCUAGAAAGGGAAACAAGCUGUAUCCCCCCCCCCCUUCUUUUUUUGAGAUAGGUCUAGCCCUAGCUUUUCUUGAACUUACUGUGUAGACCAGGCUGGCCUUGUACUCGGCGAGACCUGCCUGCCUUUGCCUCUGAAGUGCUGGGAUUACAGGCGUAUAUACAACCAUGCCAGGCCCCCAGGAGCUGCAUUUCCAACCCACUCUUACUAAUCUAGUUUUGAGAUUGGACAAGGAAUAUGCUGCUUUGGUAUAUGACUUCACGAAUUCAGGAAACUUGAUGUUAAUGGGAUCAUUUUAUUGGGGGUAGGUUGGAGGAAGGACCCCAGCAAGGGUCUGUAGUGACUACCCUUGGAAUUCUUGAAGCAGUGAUAACAUGUUUUCAUGAGCAGUCUGGGGGCUAGAGAAACAGCUCAGAGGUUAAAAGCACUCACUGAGCUUGCAGAGGUCCUGAGUUCAGUUCUCAACAACCACAUGGUGGCUCACAACCAUCUGUAAUGAGAUGUGAUGCCCUCUUCUGGCCUGCAGGCAUGCACGCAGACAGAACACUAUACACAACACUGUAGGCAGACCCCACAUCCUCCCUUGUAAUAGGACUGACUGGAAGGAAUCUCACUGGAGCAGUAACUAACCUGUGGUAGAUCAGAAGCAUUUAAUACUGGCCUGACUCCUGCCCCCUUUCUUCCUAUUCCUGUGGUGAAAGGUAAUCUGAUGUCAACCUCUAGUUAUUAAGGAUGCUGUAGGGAGCUCAUCUACCUAGCUUGUCCUGCCCUCUCACCUCUUAACAUCUGGCCUCAGCAGCUGCACCUCUCCAGAUUCCAUCUGACUUCAGCUACUUGAGAGUACACAAACAGUAAAUUCAGAGGGGCACUGAGGCCCAAGCUUGGUAGCAGGGCACCUUGCUGGGUUCGGGCGGUGCUCUAACCAACAGAUGGCUUCCCAUAUUUCUCCAACCCUGCUCAACCUGUAGCUUAAAAGAAAUGCACCAUUAAACAGAAUAGUCUUCUAGAAGAGGAGAUGGAGUGUAUGUUUGUAUAGGAAUCAAAGUUAUGUCAGUUAAAAUAGCACAGAAACCAUAAAUGGAACCCAAAGUAAACUUUGAUAACCACCUUUGGUUAUAAACUUGAGAUUUUUCUUGUCUGACACAACUCUCAAACUCCUGUAGACACUCUUGUAGACUAUAUAAACGUCUGCAGCUACUCCCACCUUCACAACAAAUCAGAAUUUCAUGAGCUGUAGUCAUUUUGUGUGAUACAAUGUCUAAGACUGACGACGAAAACUACAAGUGCACUUGGCUCUUUUGGAGCAAGGAACUUAUUUCUCUGUCUUGGUUUGGUAUUUGUAGAAAGAUAAGGCUGUGGAGAAUGGCAGGCUGGGAAUGGGGUGAAGAGGUUAGCAUUAAGAUGGCUGUGAACUCCUAGCACUUGGAGGCAGAGGCAGGUGGAUCUCUGUGAGUUCAACAAAAGCUAGUUCUAGGACAGCUAAGGCUACACAGAGAGAAACCCUGUCUGAAAAAAAAAAAAAAACCACGAACUCACUUUUUUUGUUGGUAGAAUAUUGUAUCAGGUCAUCUAAUAUGUGUCUUUAAUUUCACAAGUUUUUGAAACUGAUCAUCUUUGGCUCCUUUGACAUUUCCAGGCCUUGUGGUUCAGGUCUCUAAUGUGAACUACUUGGGGGGCUGAUAGAAGAGGAUCCCAAGUUCGAGGCCUUCCUGCACUAUAAAAUGAGUUUAAGGCCAGCUUGGACAAGUUAGUAAGGAGAACAUUCCAUUGUUUGUCUAACUACUGGAAAUUAAGCUGAGCCGAGUUCCUCCUUGCCAGUUAUACAAUCAGCUUCUAGUUCUGCCUUUUCAAGCAGCACGUAAUUCUUUAUCAAACAAAACUUUGAAGAACUUUUUUUCGUUUGCUAUUUUUGAGACAGAGUUUGUCUGUGUAAUUCUGACUGUCCUGGAACUUGCUCUAUAAACCUGGCUGGCCUCGAACUCACUGAGAUCUGCCUGCCUCUGCCUUCUGAUUGCUGGGAUUAAAGGUGUGCGUCACUAUGUCUGUCAUGGUGAACAUUUUCAUUCAUAGCAAAAGAAGUUUGUUUUGAUCACCACCUUUUCUGGGGAUCAAAUCCAGUGUCCCUUUCAUGCUGGGCAAGAACUAAGUACCUCAACCCAGCAUUUUUUUUUUACAUUUAUUUUUGGUGUGCAUGCAUGCAUACAUGUGCCAUGGCAUGCAUAUGGAGGUCAGAAGUCAACUUGGAGGAGUUGGUUCUUCUGCAUCCUGGGUCCCAGGGAUGAAGCCGAGGUCACCAGGCCUGACAAGGGCACGUGCCUCUACCUGUGGAGCCAUCUCUCUGAUGCAGGCAUUUUUAUUUUACUUCUAUGGUUUUUGAGCCAGGACUGACCUUGAACUGAUCUUCCUGGUCUACCUCCCAAGUGCUGGGAUCACAAGCAUAUGCUAUCACACCUGCUUAGGAUCUGGUUUUGAAUCCUUCCAUCUCCAGUGGCAUCUCUGAGAUCCCAUUCAGAUGAUACUGGGAAAGUAUGUUACGUAAUAAAGUUUCUAACAGCACAGAGCCCAGGUUCACGCACACUUUUCAGUAACAGGAUGAACCUGAAGUGAUGAUAAGCUUCUUAUUGAAUUGUUUCUCUUUUAGCAAACAAUACAAAAUGAAAAGAAGAGGAAAAAGUUAUUUGCUUUGGUUUGUGCUUUAGGUGGUAUCUUGUUAUGGAGCCCAGCCUAUCCUUAAACUGAAUUUUGUUGCAACCGUUUUAAAUUGUGGAAUUAAUUUGUCAUAUCCAGUUAAAACGAGUUUUAAAAAGCUCUCCACAGACUUUUUAUUGUAAAUUGCUUAGACAGUUGAGUCUUUUAUUUUUUUCACUUAAAAAAAGUUCAAGGGCUAGAGACAUAGUUGGUAGAAUAUUUUUGCUUCACGUGAUAAAGUCCUGGGCUUGAGCUCUAGCAGUGUAUGAACUGGGCAUGGCUUAUUCCCAACGCUGAGGAAGGUCAGGAGUUAAAGGGUAUGCAAAGUUAUAUACGGUUGAGGUUAACCAGAGACCUACAUGAAACCCUGCCCCCACCAAAAUGAUGCACCCAGCUAGGUGCAUUAUUUAAAAUGUCAGUAAUGAAUCAAAAAUUGUAUAGACUUAUUUUCACACAAAGAUAAUUGUGGUUACCAGAAGUUUGUUUUAGAAUAGCGAUUCUUUUGCUUUUUUUUUUUUUUUUUUUUUUUUGAGACAGGGUUUCUCUGUGUAGCCCUGGCUGCCCUUGAACUCAGAUCCGCCUGUCUCUGCCUCCCCAGUGCUGGGAUUAAAGACGUGUGGCACCACCACCACCAGCUAUUUUCUUUUUCUUCAGAUUUUACUUUUACACCUAAGUAUAAGCCCAAAGAAGCUGUAUAAGGGCACUGGAUUCCACGGAGGUGGAGUUACAGGCAGUUGUGAACUGUCUGACAUGGGUUCACAACUGCCAAACUUAGGUCCUGUAAAGGUAAAGGAGCAGUGUCCUUUUUAUUUUGAGACAGGAUUUCUCUGUAGCUUUGGGGCCUGACCUGUAUGUAACUCACUCUGUAGACCAGGGUGGUCUGAAACUCACAGGUAUCUGCCUGCCUCUGCCUCCUGAGUGCUGGGAGUGCGCCCCCACCGCCCAGCUAGAACAGUGUCUUAAUUACCGUUCUGUUACCAGGAAGAAACACCAUGGCAGGUAUCCCAAGUGCUGGGAUUAAAGGCACGUGCCACCACCACCUGGUAUGUUGCCUUGGGAAAAGCAUUUAACUGGGGGCUUGCUUACAGUUUUAGAGGUUAGGCCCUGACCAUGAUGGCAGGGAACAGGCCAAGCACACUGAGCAGUAGAUGUGGAUCCUGAUCCACACAGGCAGUAAGCAGAGAGAGAGAGAGAGAGAGAGUCUCAAAGCCCACCCUCAGUGAUACCCCUCCUCCAACAAGGCUACUAAGGAUGCAAAUACAUGAGCCUAUGGGUGCCAUUCUUGUUCAAACCAUCACAAGCAGUAUCCACCCCUGAAUGAUGAGCCAUCUCUCCAACCUCAGAAUAAUAACUCUUAGGACCAACUGCCUGUUGAGGCGGGUUACAAACAUGGGAAUUAUCCCUUUCAUCCCUACAGCUUCUCAGUCAACAUCUGAUCAUCCCUUCUUCCAUUUUCUCAGAUGGGUCUUUAUUACCUCAUUCCAGGACUCUGGUACCAGCCUCACAGUGGGUCUCUGCAUUCUUUCUCUUCACUCUUCAUCCUCUACCCACACAUCCGUUACUGUCCUGGUGCCCUGGCCAAAGAGCUAACAUAGAUAAAAUGGAAGAUUACUCUUGGCUCAGUUUCACAGACAUAGUUCACAAUUCUGGGGCCUUUUUUCCUUUUUUGCAGGUUAUUCUUUUAUUGUAUAAAUUAAGUAUUACAUGAUGAAUUGACAUUCCCUCUCCAGACAUGGGAAUUUAACAGAUGAGGUCAGACAUUUUAGAAUCUGUUUAUCUUGCUUUCAGAGCUGUGGGUUUUUAGAUUUAAACUUUUUAAGACCAUCAAAGCUGUUCCUCUAUCUGUGGCCAGUACACAAUCCAUUCUACCUGUGACACUCUAAGAACUGAAAUACAGGGGCUGGAGAGAUGGCUCAGUGAUUAAGAGCCCUUGCUGCUCUCCCACAGGACUUGAGUUUGGCUCCCAGCACUCAAUGUGGGGCAGCCCACAAUCACUUGUAACUCUAGCUACAGGGGAUCUCCUGGCCUCUACUGGCCUCUGCUGGUACCUGCACAAAUACAUUUACAAAGUUGAAAUACUGGGGCUGGAGAGAUGGCUCUUCCAAAGGUCCUGAGUUCAGUUCCCGGCAACCACAUGUAAUAAGGGCUACACAGAGAAACCCUGUCUUGAAAAGCAAAAACAAAACAAAAACAAUGGACGGAGGAGGCACACUAUCAGGAACACUUGCAGUAAGUACGGAGGCACCUCGUGGGAAAUCCUUAACUUGGUGGGGAUGGAAGCUGGUGUGUUCCACAGAAAAUGUACAGUAGGGAUGGUGGGGCUCAGGUGGUGUCGGCGGCCAUGUUGGAGGAGCUGCAGUCGGCAGUGGAGUUUAUGGACUACAACUCAGCAGGCAGCAAAGGUAUGAUGGGUGCACCCUGGAAAGGCAAAACCAGCGGGGUGGGGGCGGGGUUUCCAGAAUGCUCCUUGCUGUUGUCAUGUUCUUGCUACACUUGGUAUGGUGUGAUUAUUAUGUAACAGGAUCCCGCUGCAUCUGGUAUAGUGUUAUUCCUGUUAUUGCUUGAUGGGAAAAUCCCACUCCUCACUAGGCAAUCUGCUUGCAGAUCAUAACGAAGAUGAGUUUUAGAGCAAUGCUGAGCUGGGCAGUGGUGGCGUACACCUUUAAUCCCAGCACUUGGGAAGCAGAGGCAGAUGGAUCUCUGUGAUCCUGGUCUACAAAGUGAGUUCCAGGACAGCCAGGGCUACAAAGAGAGACCCUUGUGUAAAAUAAAUAAAUAAUAGCAAUAAUGCUUUUCAAGACAGGGUUUCUCUGUGUAGCCCUGGUUAUCCUAGAACUAGCUUUGUUGGCUUUGAAUUUAGGGAGAUCCAUCUACCUGUCUUCUGAGUGCUGGGAUUAAAGGCGUUCACCACCACUGCCCGGCCCAUCCUUGCUCUUAAUACACCUGAUUCCCUCACUGUGAUGGGGUAAUUUUUCCCUUAUACCAUCCUACCACAACUAUGUAUUGCUUCAUAGUUGGGGAGAAUGAUAGUUGUGUGUCCUGAGAGUGACAACCGUUUUUUUUUUUUUUUUUUUUUUUUUUGCUUGAUUUAUAAAGAAAAGAAGUUUAUUUUGCUCACAGCUCUGGAGGCUAAGAGCCCCGACUGCGAAGCCUCACUGACCUGACAUCUGGUGAGGAUCCAAUAGCACAAGGGUUGAAGCGUGUGUGCAAGUGAGACGCCACAUCACAAAAGAGUGUGAUUCAGGAGUCAAGCUUUCUAGUUUAACUCUUUCCUCUUGCAAUUGCUCAGGAGCCCGAUAAAAGUCAGUUUAAUCUCCUCCUAUGGCAGCUUCUAUGUGACUUAGGGACCCUCUACUAAAUCCCAGCUCUUAAGCUGCCUAGCAUCUUCCCUACCCCUCACCACUCCAGAGAUGGAGGAUCCCUUAGAGUACCCACUACACAGCAGUAGUCAGUAAGCUGGGGAAAGAUGACUGUUAGCCAGGUAUCUGAUACAGGGCUAACCUCUCAGAAGAACAAAACUACCUGUAAAUCAGGAGUCUAACAUGAGAUGACAGAAACAGUUUGUUGGCAUGAUUCUCUCCUUCAUCACGUGGGUCUUGAGGAUCCUAACCAGGUUGUCAGACUUGACAGUAGACACCUUCACUGGUUGAGCCACCACACCUGCUACAGCUUAUCAAUUCUUUCACAGGUCUGAGGCAGGAUAGCUAGUUAGGAAGUAGAGGGGACAUAAGAAGGGAAAGAACCCUUCCCUUACUCUUCUGAUCUCUGUCUCACUGGCUGAUGCCUGGGAGUUUCUGAGAUAACCGUCCAGACUACCUGCUAAAGGACGUCUUCCCUUCCCUGAGAAACAGCACAGCUGAGAUUGUUAAAAACAAAACAACAACAACAAAAAGCUGGGCAAGGCUAAGACCGAAGGAUUGCUGGGGCUUGCUGGCUGCCAGCCUACAAAGCUCAGUGAGAGAUCCUAUCUCAAGGGUGAAUGAAAAUGAGGGCCUGACCGUUCCCAGGUAUGACUGAGAAGGAUUUUAGUGUAGGUAAGAGAGAGAGUACAGCCAAGGAAUCUCAAAGAGCCCAGAGCAGGGAGAGAAAGCAGCAGACUAGACAUGCCCAGAAGAGUGAACAUAAGCCAUGAGAGGAGGCGGGGAGAAGAGAAGAUGGGCAGGAGAAGGGACCAGGAGCCAAGAGCAGAGGACCAAGAACCUAGAGAGAGAGGAAUAAGACAGUGUGCAGUUGAAGUGGUGGGGUUAUAUAGGAAAGAGCAGCUCAGAGACUGGAGAGGUUCAGGACGGGGGUGGGGUGAGAACGCCUCAGACUGAGUCUGAGGCUAGCAUAUUCUUUGUAUGCUAACCGGCACCAGGGUUAGCCAUUUAUCCUGGGUUUCUUUGGAACCUGACCUUGUCCUACCCUAUGGCCUCUACACAUCUACGCACACACAGAAAUAUUACAUUGUCCUAACCAUGUCUAGGAUGGUUCUUUAACACGUGGCCAUGAAUGACAUGCUACUAACCAGCAGAGUCCUGAGGGCAGGGUCAGCAGACUCAACGCACGUUAAACUGAAUUUAAUACAUGGAAUCUGACAACCUAAUGCUGGACCAUCUUUAUUGGUGAACUCACUCACCAAUAAAACAUGGCAUAUGCUAGUGACGGGCCGUAGGUAUUACUGGCUCAGUGGAGGUUGUCAUAGAGGCAAGGAUUCAGUAGUCAGAGGUAAAAUACACAUAAUGAUGGAUAUCAUGUCUGCUGCCUGAAGCCCCAUUCCCCCGUGGGCCUCGGUUAUCAGGAAAUACAAACAGGGCAGGUUAUCAUUCAACGUACUGAGUUUAAGGUUCUGGGAGGACAACUCUCCUAAGCUACUGUAACAGCAAGAAAAUGCCAGUUUUCAUUUUCAUGCCCCACCCCUCCUAUUGGCUGCCACAUGGAGAUUCAGUGUGUGAGGCCUAAUCUGAACCAUACCUCCUUUUAUUCAGAGAUGGAAGCAGGGAGCUUCCCUUCAGUAGAGCCUUAUCAGGAAAGAGGGUGAGGGUGGGGUGGGACUGGAUGGAGAGCAUUCAGUCCCCGGGACAAGGGGAAUAUUCCUUCUUUGUAGAGACCUCUGGGAGGAGGAGGACUAAGUUGCGCAGCCUGGUGGCAUGACCCAGCCUACAUACCAGGGGUCACAGAGUGAGAGGGCAUCAGAGAAAAGGGUGGGCUGAGGACAUGGCUCGGUGGUCAAGACCAUGUGCUACUCUUGGCGGACGACCCAAGUUUGGUUCCCAGCAUCCACAUCAUCCCGUUAACUCCAACUCCAGGGGAUCCCACAUCUCUGGCUUCUGCAGGCAUCUGCUCUCAUGUGCACAAACCCCCACAGACACAUAACAUAUACAGAAAUACAAUAUUCAGAACAGAGUACAGUUGGGCAGGGCAUGAAAAUACAUACCUUUAAUCCCAGAACUCAUGACACAGAGGCAGGCAGAUCUCUGUGAGUUCGAAGCUAGCCUAGUCUACAUAAUGAGUUCCAGGCCAGUCUGGGUUGCAUAGUGAGACCCUGUCUCAAGUAACAACAAAAUCAACAACAAAGUUAAAUCAGUAUUGUUGGGGCUGGAGAGAUGGCUCAGUGGUUAAGAGCACAUACUGUUCUUACAGAAGAUCUGAUGUUUUCAGCACCCAUGUUGCGGGGCUCACAGCUAUCUUCCAAUACCCGUGGCCUGCAUACAUACCUGUGCAUGGGUACUAGGGCCUGGGAAUAUGGGUGUGGAGAGGGAGGUUGCAGCUGCAAGGGAGAGGGCCAUUGCCAAGGCCACAGCAAGCUUAUCAAACCUCUUGUCCACAGAAAGCUGAAGGGCAUUGUGGCUUGAUUGCUGUGAUAUAGGUAGAUGGUCUGGAACAAUCCCCAGUUCUGACACUCAAUAGGAAACUUUCUUGCUCCCCAGCUCUUAGCAUAUCAAGCUCAGCCUUAAGGUACAGAUAUUCCAGGGACUCCUUUUCAGGAGGUGAAAGAACUGCCAUAGUAUUAAGAGGAGCAAGUGACGGAAGGAGAGCUGUUGGGUUUCUAGCCAAUGUCGGACAGAAGGAAUAGGAGAUGUUUUACCAGUGCAGACUCCAUUCAGAUCUUCCCAGGGAGGAUAUACGGUAAUCCUUUCGGGUUUCAACUUCUGGAGUUUUCAGAAGGAAGCUGCUUACGGAGAGCUGAUCUUCAUAGGCACUGGCAUAGACAGGGCUAAUAUAAAACUCAGGCUGACAAGAUGAUCCCAGUAAUAAAAGUAUGUGUUCACACCAGAUGGUGGUGGGGCACAUCUUUAAUACCAGCACUUGGGAGGCAGAGGCAGGUGGAUCUCUGUGAGUUCAAGGCCAGCCUGGUCUACAGAGUGAAUUCUAGGACAGCCAGGGCUACACAGAGAAAUUCUGUCUCAAAAAACCAUGGCCACACAUAGAAAGCUUAUUAAACAACAACAACAAAAGUGUGUGCUCACUAUGUCAGGACAGCAUAGUGCAACAAUACAGACCACUAUGCAGCUACUACACAUAUGCCCAUGACUUCCUCACACACGUCCACAAGCUCCAGACUGGAGGUAGCCACCCUUUCCUUCCUCUGCCCUCCUCUCCCUCUCCUUUCUUUAGAACCCAUGGUCCUCUCUUAAGUGUUGGGAAUAUGAGAGUAUAUAUACCCUAUGCCUGGCCAACACUUUACCCAAGUGUUCAAUGACCGUGGCUGGUGACAGGCUCAGUAGGUGAGGACUUUGCCCCCAGGGCUGACAACCUGAGCUUGGUCCCUGGGACCCAUGCACUGGAUGGAAGGAAAAA